AUGCUGCGGAGGUCGAUUGCGCCCGUCACCGGUGCUGGCAUCCAGCCCGCCACUUCAUCCUCUUGCCUGGUGGCGCGAACGGCAUCGGCCUUCGUGUCCAGCGGAUCCAGCCAAGGUCAGCCCAUCCUUUUCAAGCGGAACAUUCAAAAGUACUGGAGCAAGGAGGCGCGGCAGUUCAAGGGCAAGCGACCAGUCAAGGUCAUGUCCAUCAAGCGCGCCGCUCGCCUGGCAGCCCGCCGUGCUGCCGAGGAGGCCGAGGCUGCCCAUCUCGACUCGAAGUACGGCACCCGCUGCACGUCCGCCUUCCUCGCCGAACGCGUCCGCUGGAACGAAGACUACGAGGUGGUUGAUGACGCUGCAGAGGGUCCUGUGAUCUCCACCCCGACCGAGGAGCCCAAGAAGACGAAGAGGGAAGUGCCCAUCGCCACCGGUGCCCAGGAGGAGAAGCCCUCCUUCUUUGCUCGCCUCUUCGGACGGUCCUAG